GGAGGAUCGCUACAAGACCGCGUUUAAGAUACGGUAUGGGCAUUUCGAAUGGCUGGUCAUGCCGUUUGGCCUUAUGAAUGCCCCAACCACUUUCCAAGCGGCUAUGACAACGGAGUUCCGACACAUGCUGGAUCGGUUUGUACUCAUCUACCUCGACGACAUCUUGGUGUUGGACGAGCAUGUGGAACACCUGCGCACGGUUUUGGAGCGGCUACGACAAGCCAAGUACAAAGCAAACCGCGACAAGUGCGAGUUCGUACAACAUACUUGGGACACUAUGUGACGCCGCAAGGCAUCCGUCCGCUUGCGGACAAGAUUGAGGCCCUACGAGUUUGGCCCGAGCCCACCAACACCACGGACGUUCGUUCAUUCAUGGGGUUGGCGGGCUACUAUCAGCGAUUCAUCACCGGAUACUCCAGGAUUGCUGCACCGAUGACGAGGUUACAGUCGCCAAAGGUGCCAUUCGUAUUCGAUGACGCCGCACACUGGUCAUUCCAAGCACUUAAGACGACUAUGCUCAUGGCACCCGUCCUUAGCAUCUAUGACCCCACCCUGCCGACGCGAGUGACUACGGACGCUUCCGGCUAUGGCAUUGGGGCAGUCUUGGAACAGCACGACGGCGAUAACUGGCACCUUGUGGAGUAUUUCAGCCACAAAGUGCCUCCCAUCAACUCGCUUGAUGAUGCAAGGAAGAAGGAGCUGCUCACAUUCGUCAUGGCUCUCAAGAGAUGGUGGCACUUCCUCCUUGGGCGUCGUAGGUUCACAUGGGUCACAGACAACAAUCCAUUGACUUACUACAAGACGCAGGAUACGGCCGGAUCUUCGCCGACCUUCUCCUCCCUCGACCAGCCGACAUUGACGCCGCUUGCUCCCCCGCUUCCGAUCGGAAGACACAGGGACUUGCUGAUUCAAGCCCGCGCAAAUAUGCAAAAGGCUCAAGUUCGCAUGCAGCAGCAAGCCAACAGGCGUCGCGUACCAUGUCCCAUCCGCGCCGGUGAUCUGGUUUGGGUCUCCGCGGCAGAGUUUGCACUGGAACAGGACGUUUCACGCAAACUGCUUCCCAAGUGGUUUGGACCUUGGUCUGUGACAGCAGCCGCGGGCGAUGAGCCCGAUGGCCCUUCAUUUGUGAUCAAUAUUCGAGAGCAUCUGACGGUCCAUCCGGUCUUCCACGCCUCGAAGCUGGCAACAUACACGCCAGCCAAGAGCGACGGCUUUCCGGGCCGAUGAUCGCAGGACCCUCCUAUGGAUGGCCAUCAGGAACUUGACCGCGUCAUCACUGAUCGCAAGUACGGCAGCAAGCCGCGACAGUACAAAGUCACAUUCAAAGCAUGCGAUCGCGACGACACUGGGUGGAUUUCAGGAGCAGAUUUGAAAGCAUCUGCACCGCUGAUCUACGCUCACUAUAAACGUCAAAGGUUAGCCAAGGGACCUCCACGACCUGCCCCUCCCACCCGGACUGUGGUCCCUCCCUCAGACAAACAGCUUCACCCUCGCAG